AUGGUUUCUCACUCAAAGGUAGCGGCUGCAAUUCUGCCGUUUUUCUACUCAAUCACGUUCGCUCAGAACCAAGGAUCAUGGGGUCCAGUCAUCGACUUCCCUAUCAUUCCCGUUGCGGCCUACAUAGUCCCGGAAUGGCCUUCACCAACUCGAAUGAUGGUCUAUUCGGCUUUCUCGCCAAACUCCUUCGGGGGUGAACGAGGUGUCACUCAGUUCGCAGAAUACAACCUGGUCUCUGGGCAAAUGUCCACUCGCCAGGUUUCCGAAACCAACCACGACAUGUUCUGCCCUGGAAUGAGCCAGUUAGGCGAUGGAAGACUGAUCAUUACCGGAGGAAGCAACGCAGAGAAGACGACCAUAUACCAGCCGGAUACCAACACGUUCAUCCCCGGACCGGAUAUGAAGGUGCCUCGGGGAUACCAAAGCAGUGCUGUGUUAUCUAAUGGAAAGGUCUUCAUAAUUGGUGGGUCUUGGAGUGGCCCACGAGGUGGAAAGCCAGGAGAGGUUUACGACCCUGCGCAGAACUCUUGGACACUUCUCCCUGGUGCUGCCGUGGAACCUAUGUUGACAUACGACCACGAGGGCAUCUACCGCGAGGACAACCACGCCUGGCUCUUCCCUUGGCGCAACGGCACUGUCUUCCAGGCUGGGCCUAGCAAGGCAAUGAACUGGUACUAUACCGAUGGCGAAGGCGGUGUCAGCCCAGCAGGCAUCCGUGAUGAUGUCAACGAUGCCAUGUGUGGUGUUCAUGUCAUGUACGAUGUUGGCAAGAUCUUCACUGCUGGUGGAGCGCAGUACUACGAUGAGGCGCCCGGACUCUCCAUUGCGCAUUUGAUGGAGAUCAACGACGUGGGCGCGCCAGUGACAGCUGAGAGAAUCGCCGACAUGCACCAGCAACGCGCUUUUGCAAACGUAGUGGUUCUUCCCGAUGGCAAGAUCUUGGUUACUGGUGGACAGCGCUGGGCGAAGGGCUUCACUGAUAUUGAUCCCGUCUUUACACCCGAAAUCUUCGACCCGGUUACCAAGACUUUCACGGAGUUGGCCGCCGAAUGGAUUCCCCGAAACUACCACUCCGUUUCCAUCUUGCUACCUGAUGGUACCGUCUUCAGUGGAGGAGGAGGUCUCUGCUGGGAUGACGGAACUGGCGGACCAUCCUAUCACUGCCGCGACACGGUCGAUCACCCCAACGGCCAGAUCUUCACCCCACCAUACCUUCUUACUGGCACCCCUCGCCCAGUCAUCCAGGAUGUCGCUUCCAGCAUUGUCGCGCCGGGCGGUGAGCUGAGAGUCAAGAUGGAAGGCUCGGCUGAUGGUGUAACGUUCUCUUUCAUCAGAAUUGGAAGUGUUACACACAACGUCAACAGCGAUCAGAGGCGAGUGCCACUUCAACCGAGGAUCGAAGGAGAUGAGGUCGUCUUGCCUAUUAUGAACGACUCGGGUGUGGUGUUACCGGGAGCUUGGUAUCUGUUUGCUGUCAGCGCGGAGGGCGUGCCCAGUGUGGCUAGGACUGUAUGGGUUGAGCAAGUUUAA